AUGACGACCGCUCCCGUACAAAAUGACACGCGCAAAACGGUACUGAUCACGGGCUGCUCGGCGCACGGUCUCGGCCACGCACUGGCCAUCGCCUUCCACAAGGCCGGACUGCGCGUCUUCGCCACGGCGCGCAACCCGAGCAAGAUGGCUCGGCUGGAGGAAUUGGGGAUCGAGUGCUUGCCGCUGGAUGUGCUGGAUGAGGAGAGCAUCAAGGGCUGCGUCGAGGCCGUUAGGCGGUUGACGUGGCGGGAGGGUGAGGACGAGGGGAGACUCGACUGUCUGGUGAAUAAUGCCGGUGGAGGCUACAACAUGCCCGUCGCGGACCUUUCCAUCCCGGACGCCAAAGCCCUCUUCGACCUGAACGUAUGGUCCUGCAUCUCUGUGACGCAGGCAUUCCUACCACUGCUAAUCAACGCCGCCCGACCCUGUACUCAUUCUUCAUGGACCCCGCCCAGCCUGAUCCUGAACAACACGUCCGUGUCGUCCGUCGAGCCGACGCCGCACAACAGCGCCUACCACGCCAGCAAGGCCGCCGCGGCCAUGUUCUCGACGCACAUGCGCAUCGAGCUGCAGCCGUUCGGCGUGCACGUCGUCGACCUCAAGACCGGGUGCGUGCACUCGCACUUCCACGCCAACCACCAGGACGGACGGGCCAGCUUGCCCCCCGGGAGCAUCUACGCGCCCGUGCGCGAGCAGACCGAGAGCGCGAUGCGCAACGCGUUCCCCAUCCGCGAGGACCCGGAGAAAUGGGCCGCCGACGUGGUGAGAGACGUGCUCGUGCCGUGGAAUAAAGCCUCUUCUCGGAGGAGCGAUCGUGGCUUGCCCGUGGAGAUCUGGCGUGGCACGGGCGCCUGGCGCACCUGGUUCUACAAUUGCACGUUUUGGCCUGUCGGGUGGUGGGAUGAGUGGUGGAGGAGGGCCGUCGGGCUGGAUCUGUUGAGGGAGAAGGUGAGGGAGAGUUAUGGGGCGUAG